AAUUUUAUUUAAAGAUUGUUUGCAAUUAUUAUUUGAAAUUACCUUUUUCAUUCCUUUUAUUUUCUCUUUUUUCUUAUGAACUCAAUUUAAGGCAUAUUCUUGAAUUAUCUAUAAAAAAGCUUGUUAUUUUUUGGUCCAUAUUCUUGAUUGAUCUAUAAAAAAGCUUGUUAUUUUUGUUGUUAUAAUUGCUGAUCUCAAAAUGGCAUCUGCCCAAGAUGAAGCCAAGAAACCGCUACCUCCAGGAUCUUCAUUUGGACGACUACUUGGAAUUUUAUCAGAUAAAUCCUACGAUUUUUAUAAAAAUCCUGUCCAAUUUUUCGAGAAAAAUGCUGUAGACUUCAAGAGUCGUAUUUUCCAGUCCCGGUUUUUAUUAAAGCCGACAGUAUUUGUGGGAUCUAAUCAGGGUUUAGCAGAUGUUUUGUCAGACGGAGGAGAAUUUACCGAACUUGGUUAUAAAACAUUCAUGGGUCAGAUUUAUGGCGAUAAUAUUCUCUUUACUGAUGGUAAAGCUGCCGAGGAAUUAAGGGAUGCUUUAAGUCAGCUGUUUACUGAUGAUUGUGUUAAAACAUAUCAACAAACCAUUGAUAGAAUUGUUGAGAAAGAAAUCCAGAAUUUAGAUAUUAGUAAUCCGGUGUGUUUGUAUGAAUUCUAUAAAAAGAUGGUUACAGAAAUCUGUCUCAGUUUAUUUCUUGGGUUAGAUUUUGAAGACACGGACGAUAUUUAUGAUACCAUUACCUCAUUAACUACAACUCAUUGGCAUGGUAUUAUAUCAGUGCCGUUAGCAUUAAAGAUACCUGGUACAGGUAAAGAAUCAACAUUUAAACAGGCUUUACAGGCUAAGGAUAAAUUGUUAGAAGUGAUAAAAGAGAGAAGAGAAACAAGUAAAAAGGGCUUUCAUCAGAAAUUAGAAGAAAUCCAUGAAUUAGACGAGGAAGCCAUCAAUAAUCAUCUGUUAUUGUUUACAUCUGCUCUUGUACCUAAAGCCCUCGCAUCUUUACUCACAUCUUUCAGUCUAGAAGUUGGACAACACCAAAAGGUGUCAUGGCAGAAGAUGUGUUUGUUAGACGAGGAAUUCAUGGAUCAAAUGUUAUUAGAGGUUCAGCGUUAUUAUCCUCCAUUUUUAGGAGGCAGACGUGUGGUCACCAAGAAUUUUGAAGUUGAUGGCUACACUAUCCCAGCCGGCCAUUCCAUUGUGUAUUUAACAUUCGCUGCUCAUCGUGAUCCGUCCAUUUUUGAAAAUCCAAACCAGUUUCAUCCUGGUAGAUGGAAAAAUAGCACCAGUGAUACACAGAAGAAGAAAUUAUUUUGUUUUGGUUAUUUAAGUCGUGGCUGUGUUGGUGAAAGAUUAGUAUGGGCAAUCAUCAAGACGAUAUUAACCAGUCUGUUGAAGAAGUUUGAAUUGUCUUUGGUUGAUAAACAAGAUUUAUCAUACAAAUGGCUGCCUGUAUCCAGACCAAAAACGGAUGUUUUAUUUAAAUUCACCUCAAGACCACCAUAGAUUGUAUUUUAUAUAUAUAUAUAUAUAUAUAUAUGAUAUAUUUGUGUAUGUGUAAACAAACCAUGGGAGAAUUCAUUUAAUAUUACCAAGGGAGAACUCAUUUAAUACUUCCACUCGAGAAUUCAUUUCAUAUUACUAGGGGAGAAUUCAUUUGAUAUUACUAGGGGAGAAUUCAUUUAAUAUUACUAGGGGAAAAUUCAUCAUUACCAGGAGAAAUUAUGUGUGUGCCAGUUUUUAGCCAAGUUAUUUUGUAUCAAUUCUUAUUUCAUGGUGCUAACUCCAUAGACGGUCUUAUCACCACCAGCUUCCUCCGUUUCUUCUGUCUCUCCUUGUGAACAGUUCGUAGGUCACUGGAAUCAGCAGCGUAUGACCGCAAUAUUAAGCUACCUGGAAGCCAGCUUGUUCUGAGAAACCCUUGCCUUUCCAUAAACUUUGUUAAUAUGGGAUUUGUUUAUUUUCCUGAUUAACAAAACUAGGUAUCGGAUGAAGUGCUGAUGUUGACGGCACCAUACUUUUAAAACCACUGCAGGUGAUCUUUGUCCUCAUGGCUAUCUCAAACGUAGUUUGGUGAUAGUUGCAUGUAACAGUGAAUGUUGUAUUCGAGGCAUAACUGUUCAAAUUAAAAAAAUUCUUAACCAUACAACCAGGCCCAGUUAAUACUAUAAACAAAGCAUAAUGUAGCUAAAACUCUUGUUUUUAUAUAUAUAUCGAAUCGAAACUGUCACUAUUUUAUCCCUUUUUGAUACAAUCAGUGCAGGAAGUGGGACUUUAAACCCCAUUUCAUUUCCCUUUUUGAUACAAACUGUUUGAUAGAGGAGACGAUAGAUCUUGCACGCAAAUUAGUUUUAUAUUUCUAUGUCUAUAAAGUUGUAGAAUUUUGCACAUGUAUGUGUCUUAUUGCCGGCAGCACAAUAUUUUUGUAAUCUGUUAAAUCUCAAUGUUUUUAAAGUCCUCAAAUAUUUGAAUGAAUGGUCCUGUCAUGUUUUGCUGUAGAUUUGCAAAAAGCAGGGUAUGUUUUUAGAACUAAAAAUAUUGAUUUGCUUUCAAUGUCACUGUAUAUUUUGCACCUUCUAGUAGUGAGGUCUGCACAAUAGAACAAAAUUAUGUCAUUUCACUAAAAUAUAUUAAUCAUUAAUUACUUACAUUUAUGGUAACAUACUAUGUUUUUAUUUGAACAAACUGCUAAUUAUAUCACUGGUCAAAAUAACGAUGUAAGUCACUGUUUGUGAAUAACGUUUGUUUAUGAGUAUGUGCUGGUCAUAGCUAAAACUAGACCUAUAGAAUAUUAUUAUAUACUGGUGAUAGCUAACACUAGACCUGUAGAAUAUUAUUAUAUACUGGUGAUAGCUAACACUAGAUAUAUAGUAUAUUAUUAUAUACUGGUCAUAGCUGACACUAGAUCUGUAGAAUAUUAUUGUAUACUGUCAUACAGCUGACACUAUUCAUAUAGUCUAUGAUAUAUACUGGUCAUAGCUGACACUAGACGUGUAGAAUAUUAUUAUAUACUGGUCAUAGCUAACACUAUUCAUAUAGUAUAUUAUAUAUACUGGUCAUAGCUGACAUCAGCUGUAUAAAAUAUUAUAUUAUAUACUGGUCAUAGCUAACAGUAGACCUAUAGUAUAUUAUAUAUACUGGUCAUAGUUAAUAUCAGCUGUAUAAAAUAUUAUAUUAUUAAAUAAGCUAGCCUUUUUGAUUUAGGUCAAUAUAAAGUAUUUAAUGGGUUGAAAUAUUACCAGGGACAGUAUUUAUCAAAUUUCAUCAAUCUUUCAAAAUUCUCACCUUUUAAAAAACAUUUAAGAAUGAAUAAAUGUACUGUUAACACCAGGGUCGUAACUAGCUCAGAGCAACGAGGGGGGCAGGACGUGUUCUCAGGGAUACUGUAAAAUUGACGGACAAUGUAUGUCUAUUGUUUUUAUGGUCCUAAAUUUUUUGACUGGGUGGGCGAAACUUUUUGCAGCCCCCCGCCCCUUAGUUACGGGCCUGGAGAACACUAUACGGUCCAGGUUUUGUCCUUGGAUAACUAUAGUGGACCUACAGAGCAACAUCGAAGCAUUAAAUUAAAGAGUUAACAUCAACAUCACCAAUUCCAGGAUUUUUCAUAGUGAUUAGAUUCCUAUGGGCUUAAAGGCUCAAUACCACUCUUAUUGUAACUGAAUAAUAUGUCCCAAUCUUUAUUCUGGUCAACAAAUUGUACUAUUUUAGAAUAUUUCAAUUAAUUGAUGAUACUAAUUUCAUCUUAACACACCUUUUUUUAAAAUUUUGAAAAAUUCAACAUAAUGGUUUGAAAAGUCUAACGUAAACCUUUUCAAAUGAAACUUCGAUUUAAAAAUAUUUUCGAACCCUCUGGACAAGUAAAAUAGGAUGUAAUGGAUAAUUUACACAACAGGUAGGACACUUAAACAUCUAGUACAUAGAUAGAGAUAUUAUUUAUUUUCUUGAGCUUUCAAGCCAGCAUGAGUGUUAUUGUCCCUUUAAGGAUAUGUUGAUUAUGUUCGAUGACAGUAACUCAUUCAAACCUAAAAUAUGAUGUUUUCUAAGAAGCAGGAAAAAUUAAACGAUAGUUCUAGCAUGAAAUGAGAGUAUUUCACAUUUACAAUAGAUAGAACACAGACAAGGUGUACCUACCUACAUAUGCCGGAGUAUUGUAAACUGUGUCUGCUUGUAUAGUUACACUGUAAAAACAACAUGCUUCUGUAUAUGAUGUUGGUAAGAUUUGAAAUAAUGAGGGCUUGCAUAUGACGGGUGUAGUAAUUAUCAGACGGCACAGUCUACUGUGUGGCACGCUGUUUGAAAACGACAAAAUGAGGAACUUUUUUAAAAACAGUUUAUUCAAAGGAAUGUAAAUAAUUCGAAGGGGGAAAAAAAACUGAUAGUUGGAAUUGGAUGACGAGUAGGCGGAAACGGAUCUGUCUCUGUCGAUUCAAAAUUUCCCUCAUUGCACGGCUUAAUAUAUAUUUACACAUAAUAUUUUUGUAUUAUUUUAUUACUAACAGAUUAUAUGUUUAAUAGAUGUUCAAUUGGGAUAUAUCAUAUAGUAUUAUAUGUUUUAUUUGUUUUCUUUCAAUAUUUACAAUAAAAUCUGGAAAUGUC